CACGGUAACACAGUUCUUCGUGAGCUUCACAUUUGGUAAUACAUCCACCGGCCUAAAUAUGAAACUGUUCAUUGUUGCUGCCUUGAUUGCUGUGGCCUCAGCAGGCCGUCUGGAGCACCUCGAGCGCUCCUACUUACCCCCUGACAACAACAACGUUCAUAGCAACUUCAGUACCAAUGGUGCUAAGGGCUUUGGCUCAAAUGGUGGCUCACAAAAUGGCUUCGGUUCUGGCAGUAAUGGUUUCGCCAGUGGUCACGGUUCUGGAAGCAAUGGAUUCGGCCACGGGUCUAGCAACAAUGGUUUUGGUCACAGCUCCAGCACCAAUUCCGGUGUAAACGGGCAUGGAUCUUCUGGAUUUGGUUCUAACGGUAUCAGCUCCAAUGGAUUCGGCGCUAAUGGCCAUAGUUCCCAUGGAGUUGGCGCUAACGGUCACAGCUCCAGUGGAUUUGGCGGAUUUGGUACAUCUCAAGGAUCAAACGGAUUUAGAACUAAUGGAGGAGCUGCUGCUAAAAAUGGCGCUUUUAAUGGUGCCACAUCUAACCAGUACCUUCCCCCCAACCAUGGGCCAUCUGGAGCUGGAUCCAACGGUUUCAGUGGAAUUGGAGGUUCUUUGAACAAACCGUCAUCAGGACACUUCGCCAGCCAACAAUACAACCAAGGUUCCGCCAGCGGUAGCAACGGUUUUGGUUCAAACUCCGGUUCUGCUCAUGGAUCUGCAAAUGGAGGUUUCAGAUCUACAUUUGGAUCUCAAGGAUCCGUCGGCUCUCAGCCACAGUUCGGUGCUGCCAGCCGUCAGUACUUGGCUCCUAAGACUUCAUCUUUCCAGAACAUUCCUCAGCAACCAUUCGACGAGGAAACUGGCUAUCACUACUGAAGAGUCAAUUAAUUAACUCAAAUAAAGCUUGU